AAGGAUCCGAGCAUAUAGUGAAUGAUUAUGAGCACUGAUGAGCUGAAUCAUCUGGAAAAUGUCUGCGACGGGUUGAACAUGUUUUGGACGAAGCAUCUACAUUAGUAAAAAAAAUAUGAAUAAUAUGCCACUUAGCCGGUCACGUUGCUGAAUGCCAGUGCCAGGGUUUUGGCGCGCCCGUUAACGGCGGUGGCGCAGAGUCAGUAUCGGAGUAAUAGCAAAGGAAGUGCAGCGUGGCUUCCAACGAAAUUACCUUGCACUACGUUUUGCCUUUGUUUAGUUUCGUCUUCAGCAUGGAGGACGGCAAACGUGUUUUCCAGAUCUCUGGGAUCAAGAAGCACGAAAAGAAGAGGGUUGUGGUUCAGGGAAUCCAGCAGCUGGGUGCGAAGUACGCGGGUGGCUCAGUCUAUCAGCACGCCUGCACACAUCUCAUAGUCCCUCAUAUCUUGCCCAGCGAGAAGUUUUUGGCAGCCUGUGCUGCAGGUAAAUGGGUUUUGACUCCGGACUAUGUGACAGACAGCGUUAAGAACGGCUCCUGGCUUGCAGAGGAACCCUAUGAGGUGGCCAUUUCCACAGGUUCCACCGCUGCCUUCCACCCCGUCAGGCAAUGGAGGGAAAAGGUGGCGACUGGGAGACUAAGGGGGGCCUUCCAGGACUGGAGGGUCAUCCUCAUGGUCCAAGAGCCCACACGCAGAGCCAUGUUCAAACGGCUGCUUAAAGCAGGCAGGGCCAAAGUUUACCACUACCCACCUCCCUCUAAUGCCGCUAUCACUCACAUCAUGGCUAAACCUGUCACAGAGAACCUAAAAGGCCACAGUGCACCUUGCUACCCUGUGAGCCACAUCGUCCAGCACCUCUUUGGGAACACUCCGGUGGGAAUGAACUUCAGUAAAAGGGAGGAGCAUCCAGCAGAGACAAAGGCCAUUAAUGCCAGCGUUGGCUUCUCUAAUCUGGAGGCCGAGCUCAGGGACUAUGUCAUCAAACAUGAGGGCCGGCCCAGAAUGUGCUUCCUUGAUUUUCUGUGUUACCGUGACCCUUACUGCCCUCAGUCACAGGCAACGGAAACCGACUUCAGCAAUGUUGGCACUAUGAUAGAGUGCGGCCUCUUCACUGAAGCCCUGGACUCUAUCAGGAGUGCAGGAUUCCCUGGUGUGCUCCCACCACUGCCGUACUUGAGCUCCCUCUUAGAAUAUGCACAGCAGGGAAAUGCCACGUCAGUCUUCCUUAGACGUCUCCAGCAGGUCAUGUGUAACCUGCUCAUCAACAACUCUCCCUGGCUGGCCUCCAACGCAGUAAGAAAAUAUUUCACCAAGCUGUUGCAGUGUCCUCGGUGUAAGGCGGGGGUGUGGCCCUUUCUGGAGACAGCCAUCAGUUACUGCCUGUCGAGUGAAGUCACUUGCCACGCGCUUCCUGGACCAGCCCUGCCGACGUUGUUGCGUUUCCAUAGUGACAUCCUGGCAUUUUCCCUGCAGAUCUUCCAGGGGGAGCUGCAUUCUGUCUCGGCCGCAGAUGGAACGCCUCCUCAGGCGAGAGGAUGUUCUCAGACGUCAGCAUCGGGGUCUUUGCUGAAUGGGACUUUCUGGACUGUGUGGGAACGCUCCACCCUGUUGUCCCGUGCUGUGAAACAACUAACCCAGCUCUUGGUACAGGCUGCUAAACAGGACUACACCGACAAGGAAGAGAAGCAUGAUCUGCACUUGGCAGACAUUCUAGUGGGCCACCUGUCUGUCCUGGUGGAGUUCUGGUGUCAGCAACACCUCCGACUGAACCAGAGCCUGGUGGAAAAGGGUCUUAAAGACCUGGCAGAGUACUUUGCCCUUAUCAGUCAUGAUGUGUCUCCAGUGGUUCUGGAGGAGGUCCUUGUCAGGAUUUCCUCUGGCAGGCUUAAACUGGUGAUGACCGAUGCUAUAUUCCGGAAUCUCUGCUGCAGAAAUGGAUUCACUGUGGGUGAUGAGCCUCUCUCUUUAAGGAAAAUGGUGCAGUCCUACCUGCCAGCUUUGGGACAUUUGGCCCAGAGUCCCAGGGGACUUCACCCCAAGACCGGAUACAGCAGCCAGGAUUCCAGCUGCAGAAUUCAGAGCUCCUUGGUGAAUACGACAAAUCCGGAGAAAGAGAACCUCCCGAGAGGUUUGAACAGAGUCAACACAGCAGGAGAGACCCUCCUCCACCGAGCUUGCAAGAGGAACCAAGUGGAAACGGUGCUUCAGAUCCUGGCGCUUCCUGGCACGGACGUCAACGUUAAAGACCAUGCAGGGUGGACGCCUCUGCACGAAGCGUGUAAUCACGGCAGCACUGCGUGUGUGCAGGCUCUGCUACGUCAUCACCCUGCGCCCGUGCUUAACAGCCAGGUGGGAGGAGUCAGUCCGCUGCACGAUGCCUUGCUAAACGGAUACAUGGACAUCGCCAAAAUGCUACUGCAACAUGGAGGCUCGGUUCUUCUGCAGCAGACGGACCAGGGCGGUCGCACGGCGCUGGAUCUGGUCUUCACGGCUGAUCAGAGGGAAGUGCUGCUCCGCAGCGCGCAGGUUGGAGACUGUGCCCUGACAAGCAGCGUGACCGCGACCUUUAACCUCCCGCUGCUGGAGGCUGGGUCCGUGCUGCUUGCCCACGUCAUCGCUGCUUAUCUCCGGGAGACGGGCGUGCGCGGCUACACGCAGGCCGGCGGUGGCGGCGGCGCCCAUGGCCUGAUCAGAGCCCUGGAGACGCACUCCUUCCAGACAGUGACUCUGGGCUGGACGGACCAGCGAGCUGUGAGGCUGGUGGAGGAUGCUGAGACGCUGCUGGAGCUUGGCAGAGGAAGGUACCUGGAGCUCAUCCCUCAGAAGGUCAAAGAAUGCAAGGGAGAAAACACAAUGUUCCUGAUGGAGAUGCUGCAGAAUAUGAAGUCGCAGGCGGAAGCACUAAUUACUGAUUUGUGAUGGGCUGCUACAGUACAUUAAUACUAACCUUCUGGAUAAUAAUGCUGUAUGUCUAAUAUUGUGUUGGCAAAUAGUUUUUUCAAAAAGUAUUUUCUAGUAACUGCAUUGUGAUUAAUUUCUACCUUUUGUAUUUCUGAAAUAGAAAAUGUACAUUUCUCAAUGUUUCUGUACCUCAAGAUUUUCUAACUUAAUUUUUUUACAGAAUAAAUACAUAUAAUUUCCUAA